AUGAAAGUCGAUACUGACACGAGCAGAUGUUGUUUCUUGAAGUUGGCAUACUUAUUCCAUAUAUACAAGGUGAGGAUAGCAACAAGUACUAAUUGAAAGAUGAACCACACCACCCCCAUCAAGACAUGCUACCAAUCCACGUUCCCUUGCUCCUUAUUUAUUCUCGAGAGAUCUCAUAUCUCUUUUCCAAAAUUUCGUCGAAAAAAAACAAAACGCCAAGGAUUUCUUGACAUUGAAGGGAAUCCACUCGAAACAAGCUAGGUCUCGACGCGAACAGCGACAACAGUACCCCCGAACUAUGCGAAAUUGCCAGCAAGUCCGAUCGGCGGCGCACUCUGAUCGCCGAUAUCAACCGGCAGAAAAAACAGGGGGAGCGUAACUAUUACGGGGAAAGGCAUGAAUAAUAUCGGGCUGACGUGGAGAAGCGCGUUUCAGUCUUCCCAGUUUACCUGAUUGACAUUUAUUUGAGGGCAAUUGUUUUAAUAGUUUUGAGGUUUAUUAAUAAGGUUUCGUUGAAUUUUCCUUAAUCGGGGUUAUUGAAUAUGAUCGUUUCUUUGCUUCUGUCCAAAUUAUUUUUGAAUAAUGAUGGCGUUUCAUCUGAUCAUGCCUGUUUACAGAUUCAUCGUCUUUGGAAACGUCUUGCUGACGGUCAAGUCGUUUCUUUGGUUAGUAUCUGGAUCGUCUGAGCCUCGGAAUCCCUUUCGUCAAGAUGAAUACCGCAGAUGUCUUUGUUAAUGGUGGUUCGUCCGCCGACCCGGCUAGCUAUGGAUUUGGAGCGCCGUCUAACGGUGUUGUGGAGAAGAAGCCUGAACAACCCUCUUCGUCUGGCCUGCCCAAGGAGAAGGUCGUGAUGGAUUAUUCAACUGAUUUCCCCAAGUUGCCCGAGACCAAGCAAAAUGCUGCUCCAGCUGGAGCAUGGGGUCGCAAGACCUUGACAAAGGCUGUUGUUACUGAAACCUUCAAGCUUCCCGCUUCCGAUCGUGCCUCCAUGAACCUUGGUAACAAGGGCUUUGGACUGGCUGAACAAACUAAAUGUAGUCAAGUUGCUGCCGAAACCAACACUAAGAUCGAGUUGUCUGAAGCCUCCGACAAGUCUUUGACUAUACUCAUUUCUGGAAAGAAGUCCGAUGUUGAUGUCGCCCAUGGGCGUCUUGUUCGUGAACUCCAAACUCAAUCCCAGAUUGAAGUGAGUGUGGAUCGCGAAUUCUAUGGGGCUAUUAUUGGUAAGUAAUGUCUAUAUUAUUAUCAAUUCGGUUUUUAGGAAAGCAAGGAGAUCGUCGGAAACAGAUGGAGAAUGAAUACAAUUGCCGAAUCUUCUUGCCUGGUAAAGAUGAACAAAGCAGUGUUAUUCGAAUUGUUGGACCUAUUGACCAGAUCAGGGCUUGUGGACUAAAACUGAAAUCCAUUGUGACCGAGUUGGCUAAGCAAGCUACUGAGAGUUUGGAUGUCCCACGUGAAUUUUAUCCAUGGAUCCGUGGUCCCGCUAACAAAACUUUGGAGUCGAUUCAAGCCGAGACUGGGGCCAAGGUUAACAUUCCGACCUCUAAAUCCAAGAAUGACACUAUUGUUAUUGCCGGUGAACGCGAAGGAGUUUACAAAGCACUGGCCCUUGUCAAAAAAAUUUACGAAAGUGCCAAGGUAAGAUUAUUAGGAUAUUAUUUCUUUUUCCUCUCCAUGUGUAAAUGUAAAUUUUUUAGAAGAACAACAAAAGUGUGACAUGUAAAGUGAACAGGUCUCAACAUCGCUUUAUUAUUGGAAACCAAAGAUCUGGCAUUGAUGAAAUCCUUGAGAAGACGGGUGUUUUGGUUGAAGUCCCUUCGGAGGAGGAAAAUUCUGAUACUAUUACUCUUCGUGGACCCCAAGCAGCUCUAGGCGAUGCUUUGGCUUUAGUGUUCGCUCGUGCUACCUCAAUUAUCUCUUUGGAAAUCGAAUAUCCAGAAUGGCAGAGGCGUUUCUUGAUCGGCCCAAAGGGGCAAACCCUUCAACAAUUGGUUCCCAAGCAAGACCGGUUGAAUGUUGAGUUUGAGAACGGAGGCAAAAUUUAUCUGGAGGGACCUCCAGAGGCUGUGAAGAAUGCCCAUGUAGCCUUGAGCACAGAAAUAAACAGGCUCACCAAGGAAAUGGCAUCCGAAACUGUAAAAAUCCCAGCAUAUCUCCAUCGUCAUAUCAUUGGAAGAAGCGGUGCUCUGAGUAUGUUUUCCGAUUGCUGUACUAGUUAUUUUAGUUAACAAAAUCAAGGAAGAUAACGAAGUCCAAAUCACGAUCCCAGACGAGAGACAAGGAUCUGACGAGAUCAGAAUUGAAGGAAAGAAAGAAGGAGUUAAGAAUGCCGUGAAUGUGCUCAAGGAAAGGGGAGCAGAGUUGGUAAGUAAAUGAAUAAAAUGUUAAUCUUUGUAGGAGAAGAAAAUGCCCGCCGAUAAACAACCCCCGCAACUGCCGUUGGAAGAAACUUUUAAAACUUCAGUUGAUGUUGAACCAAAAUGGCAUAAGCAUUUUGUUCUCCGAGGAGCCGAGGUGAUUCGGGAGAUUCAAGAUCAAUUUGGCGGUGUUGUUAUUUCCUUUCCAAGGCAAGAUUCGGGAGAAUCCAAAGUGCAUAUCAAAGGUCCAAAGGCUUCCAUUGAUCAGGCCAGGAAAAAGAUCGAAGAGAUUGUCGCCGAUCUCGAAGCCCAGAUCACUGUUAAUCUAGAAAUUUCUGAAGAACAUCAUCGUUCAUUGGUCCCUCAUGCUAAUGCCAUUCGUCAAAAACACAACGUUCGGCUCAACUUCCCACCACGCGGAACUUCCAACGAGGGAGCUGAGCCCGUCGAUGGUAUCUUACCUGCCAACCUGGUCACUCUUUCUGGUCUUCCAUCCAACAUCGAGGCUGCCAAGGCUGAAUUGGUUGAACUUAUCCCUGUUACUGAAGUGGUAAGUAAGAACUAUUGUCGCUGAUUUCUUUGUAGUUGACUGUCCCCACGGAGUAUCACAGCACUUUGAUUGGAAAGAAAGGAGAAUCUAUUAGAGCUUUCAUGCAAACACACAAUGUCCGUGUUACUGUUCCAUCUGCAGAAGACAAUUCUGACAAGGUUACGGUCACUGGUCCACCUAAGAAUGUCGCUGCCGCCGUUGCUGAUUUGAAGAACAAGGUCGAAGAAUUGGACAAACAGUCUGAAGAUCGUCGCCUCCGUUCUUACAAGACUGUUGUUGAGAUUCCUUUGGAGUACCAUCAACGAUUGAUUGGACAAGGAGGUCAGACUAUUCGCGAGUUCUCCAAGAAGUAUGAUGUUCAUGUUGCAUUCCCAAGAGACAACACUGAGACCAUCACCAUCUCAGGAUAUGAAGACAAGGCAAACGAGGCCAAGGACGAAAUUGUUAGGCUUGUGGAGGAAUACAAAAACAUGAUCACUCACACCGUUCAACUUGACCCCCGCUUCCAUCCUCGUCUUAUCGGGCCAAGAGGGAAGAACCUUAAAAAAGUAGGCUGAUAAUAUUCUGACGACGGUGACUUGUUUUCAGUAUCAAGAAGAUUUCAACGUCGAGAUCAAUUUCGCUACAAGGAAUGAUCCCGAUCCAUCGCUGGUUACCGUGUCUGGGAAGAAUGAGGAAAACAUCUUGGAUUGCAUCGACAAGCUUCGUUUGCUUGAAGAAGACUUUAUGCAAGAUGUUGUCGAGAGAUAUCAAUACACUUAUCAGCGUAGAGCAGAGCCAGUUCAUCAACCAAAGCCGCAGGCUGUUGAGAUUACUGGAGCUCCAUGGCAAUUGGACAACUUGGAUCAGUUCCCAACCAUGGGUCAACAACAACAACAAGCGGCUGUUGCUUCUCAUCAGCCAACCGGCUAUUGGGGACGUCGUAAUUAA